UCCUGUUGGGAAAACCACUAUCUGACUCCACACAGCACCAUCAUCACCCUCCAGCUCCCAAACAAACUUAACCAACAUACGCAACUUUUCUUCCCGUCCUCUUCAUUGGAAAAUUUUCCGUCGCUGGAAAAUCAAAAGCAGAAAUGUCCCCUCCAUCCGCACGGCUACAAACCAAGCCCGUUAUAACGUGUCUGAAGACGUUUCUCAUCUCGUACAGUCUCAUUUUUUGGUUCACAGGAGUGAUCCUGUUGGCUGUUGGAGUAUGGGGAAAAGUUAAUAUAGAGUUCGACCUCCUCCUGAAAUUUGACAAGGGGACCAAUGCACCAUAUGUCCUCAUUGGGACCGGAGCUGUCAUCAUCAUCUUUGGAUUGUUUGGUUGCUUCGCUACCUGCCGUGGGAGUCCAUGGAUGCUGAAACUGUAUGCCAUGUUCCUGAUACUGGUGUUCUUAGCUGAACUAGUGGCGGGCAUAUCCGGAUUCAUUUUUAGACAUGAGAUUAAAGCAGUACUUCAGGAUGUUUAUAAAAAUGCUGAGAAGUCUUAUGAUGGCAAGGACACCAUGAGUGAUGAUUUGGACAGUAUCCAGAGAACAUUGCAGUGCUGUGGAGAGACUAACUACACCAGCUGGGUAAACACAGAUUACUUUAAGAAAGAGGGUAUACCCAAAAGCUGCUGCAAUGUUACUGCUGGUGCAAACUGCACUACGACAGAACUUAGGAAUCUUACGUUGGCUGAUUCAGUGGUGUACCAGCAGGGCUGUUUCUCGCUAAUGUCUAUCACAAUGGAGGGUAAUCUUGGAAUUAUUGCUGGAAUUUCUUUUGGAAUAGCAUUUUUCCAGGUUAUUGGGAUAUUCCUGGCAUGCUGUCUGUCUCGCUAUAUCACUAACAACCAAUAUGAGAUGGUGUAGUAUCCCUACACCACAGGUUAUCAGCUCAAGAUACCCGAGGAUCUGACAUAAGAAAAACCUAUUUAGCUUCAGUAUUUGUAUGUGUGCCUUAGCUUAACAUUUCAUUUUAGAGAAUUUCUACAAUGCUGCUUUUUAAAAAUUUAUAUUUCUUGGUAACUAGAUUGAGAGGAAACGACCAGUUCCCAUGGUAUGAGAUCAUUUUGCCGAUUCAGUUAUUUUGGUAUAGUGUUUAUGUAACACAGAUUAGAUAUUCCAGAGUUUGUAGAAAGUACAUAUGUUUUAGCCAGUGUUAAAUCAGGAAUGCACAGUACAUGGUGUACUUGUACAGCUUAUCCUUUGUUUCAUUACAGUUAACUUAUGCUAAAAACUUGGAUCUAGUUCUAAUAGUAGUAAAAUUUCUUGCAUGCAAUCUGAAAGUUAAACAUUUCUGCAACACGUGUCAAAAGGGAAUUUUUGUGUGAGUUUAUUUCAGGAUUUGUAUUGCCCUUUGAGCCACCAAAUAUGUAUUGCAUAUGGAGUACUGUUCCUAUAAUAAUCAAAUUUACAAGUUUUAAAUAAGAAACACGUAUGCCUGUUUCUAUUUCAGUUGCUUUUGUGAAUAUAAUGUGCUUUUCAGCAGUCUAUAUUGAUGUAGCAGUGAUACUAUGAUUAUGACAUAAUUUAGUAAAUAGGAAUUAUGUAGUUUCUCUUUUGUAUUUCUACAAAAAUGUGAACAUGGGUUUGUCAGGUAACAGUAUUUAAAAUGUACAUACAAAGUAAAGUCAAAGUGGUAUCAUCAGAUAUUUAAAGACAUCCAUCCAUUGAUUAAGAGAAUUAAGAUGAUGUUUAAAUUCACAUUUUUAACUAUUAUUUUUUACUCUUGUGUCAUUCCAACAUAUUCAUACAAUACAUACUUGUCUGCAGAUAAACCGUCCUCUAGAUUUUAUCAGAAUAUGGAAUUGCAUUUGGGGCAUGUACACCUUUAUAUCUUUAUAAGAUGACAACUUUGUCAAUAGUCUGUUCUUUUGUGAAAGCUGUAAAACUUAAAAAAAUAAACUUGUGUUUUGUAUGA